AUGGGCGGUAUGUUGUGGUUCCUACUCUGCCCUUACUUGUUGUUAACUUCUGGGUAUAUUCAGGAGUGUUUUUCUCAUACGGUAAUCACUAUUGAACAUGGGUCAUUCACGAACAUCACUGUCAAUGGGUUGGUGUAUGUCGAAGUUAUCAAAAUUCCGCCGUGGAGCAAAUUUGUUGUGUAUCAAGUACACAGCCCCUUCAACCCACUACUAGUGUCCACAUCAGCCUCGUUUACAUAUGACACUUCACAAUACUCGGCUCAUUGCGGCUUAGCUAGUUUUGUUGAAAACAAAACAUUGUCGACAUUCUACGUUUAUUCUACCUACAGUGUUCCGCUAAUUGUGUGGGUUAAAGCUGUUGCAUAUGGAUCAGAAUUUCCAUUGCCAGGUGGUUGUGGUCGUAGUUCGCGUAGUGGUUUCAUGAAUGCAGCCAUCACUACAGAUAUAAUGACUAAAAAUAUAAAUCUUUCAAGCUCGAAACGCAUUGAGUUUUUAAGCUAUUGGACGUCUUCUCUCCAGCUCUCUCCAGCUUCGGCACCUGUCGGAUCAGGCGGUUUUGCGUGUUCUCACUGGAUUACCGAAAGUAAGCCAUCAGGGAGCCUAGUUUAUCACGUUUAUGGUACACCACUAAUAACUGCUGGUGGUUCUUAUGGAGCCUUCGUGAAUCCUAGUCCCAGUGAAGUUGCAUCAGUCUUAAAAAACAUGGCCAACUUUGGCCAUUCGUCAUUUGUUGGUACUUACAUACAGUCAUUUCACCAGAGUGAAUUCACACCAAAUGAUGAAUUUAUUAACAUAAUCGUCUCACGUCGUCCAGCUACAGCAUAUAUUGUCACUGUUGUUGUGGAGUAUUCAAUUUCUGGUGAUACAUGGCAAGUGCCUUAUAUUCCUGUCAUUCUUUUUGGUUGCCCUGCACAAAUUUCACCCAGUUUCUACCGUACUGUAUAUAACCAACCCACUUCAAAUGCUAGUUUGGAAGUCAACUGUGGUACUCUUCCUAAAGAUACACCAGUUAUCCUAUUUCCCGUUGCUGUCUUGCUUCUUGCAGGUUUUCUAUAUGCUACUUCAUGUAAUAUGUGGAUUUGGCCCCGCUGUGCAGUCAGUGCGAUGAUUAUGGGGUCUGUCAUUGGGCUGAUAUUUUUCUACAGAUUUUCAGACGAACCUAAUGAAACUUACCUUAUUUUAAUAGCGAGUGCUUUUUUGCCAGCUUUCUUUGCAUUGUUCGUGUUUGUAAUACUGUGGUGGCGUUACGUUCGUCCUACUUUGUACUACCAACGUAUGUUUGGACAAGGUCCACUGGUGAAGGUAGAAAAUUCUACAACUGUUCUUGUUAACGAACCGUGGAAUUCAGAUGUGUUAGAUAACAGCUAUCAAAAUGUUGAUGCCCCUUUCGGAUCGUCGUCACAGACUGAACAUACACCAAUUAAUACUGUUAAUGUUUUGGCUCCAGUUAGUGAAGAGGAGUCCAGUAUUUCAGCAUUACAGCUGUGUAACGAUCUAGUGCAUCAACCUUCCCCAGCUCAUUCUGGUGCAUAUGUUUCAAAUGAACAGGGUGCUAGUGAUGAUAAUGAAGGUUACACUUGUGUUCAAAUUUAUGGCAUUCAGCUGUGUCGAAGGUCCAGAAGUUCAAAAAAAUCUUCAAAAACCUUGGCACGUCCACUUAAACCCUUCACCCUAAGACCUCGUCGCUUUGCUCGUUUACUUCCCGUUUUGCCGACUGUAUUUAUUCUAAUCGGUUAUCUCUCCAUCUCUCUUGAUCGUUCUCUAAAAUUGGACAAAUCUUCGGUUUCUUUUUUUGCGUUCUGUACAAUAAUGUCAGGAUUACUGCUUGGCUUGCUGAGUAUAUUCAAAAAUUUUGCAUUCGGUAUUUCAACUGCUCUUCUUGGUUUUUACGUUACACUAUGCUGUGCAAGUUUUUUUCUCAUACCAAGCUGUUUAUUACCUCACAUUGUAAUUGAAUAUUUCUUGAUGUUAACCUGUUUUGAUAUAAGACUACGUACUCUACGCAUCCAAUUCUAUGGUCAAUAUGAUGUUAUUGUUGUCGUAAUAUGGUUUGUUAGCAGUAUAUGCUUUGGCUCAUUAGCGUUAUGUUUGAUUCGUUUACAAGAUGCACGUGAAUUAUCUGAAGCUCAAAAUUACCAUACAUCAAGCUCAAAACAUCCAUACACAAAUACUAAUGCACACACCCCUAGCAAUAGCCUUUCAUUAUUGGGAGAGAUUAGACCAAGUUCCCAAGCUUCAUGUUAUGUACCUCGAAUGUUUCCUGUCCCAAGUUUAUCAUCCAAUGCAAAUUCUGCAUCCAGUUUGUAUAAUUUGCUUUCAUCUCCCAAGGUAUACAAUAAAAUAGAUUCGGAAGGUUCCGUGAACUACCCUGUGCCCGUUGAUUAUUGUCGUCCAUCUAAUCCGUCUUCUUCAAGAGUUUCAACGGAAAAGCAACCAUUAUUACAGGGGUCUUUUUACAAUAAGUAUGGUGGUCUAAUGGGUACGGGUACUGAUCAUCCUCCUUUAUUGCCCUUAAGUAGAGUUCAGCUGGCUGCUGCCUCACAGUCUUUACCGUUCAGUUCGUCAUCAAGUGUAAAUAUCACAGCGAAAUCGAUACAAUCCGAUGUUGAGGAAAAUUAA